GUACAUGUGCCCGCUGGACGCAAUGGUUCGACCGUGACAACAUCAGUGGGACCGGAGACUGGGAAAUCUUAUACGCCUUGGCCAACGGCAAUCCAGUCGGCCUCCGUCCGGAGUACCCAGGAAAGAUCUGCCCACGGCCUACAGACGUGGAGGCCCGAGUCAUCGCCACCCAACAGGAGGCUUCCCAAACCGGAGAGACCUUCGUCUUCUACGACACAGCAAACGGCUUCGCCUGCAGAAACACUCAGCAGAGGGACCAGCGCUGCCUGCUAUCCAGUCGAACCGACCAUGCCUCCUCCACCUCCUACUAGAGAGCCGAAAACGCCGGUCUGCUCCCUGGACCUGAUCCUUGUGGUGGACCUGUCCUCCAGCAUCUCCAUGUCCACCUUCUUCAGCAUCAAACGGUUCAUCAUAGACCUCAUCUACUGCUUCAUUGAGUUCUGUGUAGAUGUCGAGAUCGGAAUCAUCACGUACGACUGCGUCCUGACCUGGUACCUGCCUGUCUGCACCUACCCCAUGGAGAACCCGACCCUGAUUGACACCGUGAACUGUCUCAUGUACGCGGCAGGGGGCGAGACCCACACCGGCGGGGCCCUCCGCUACAUGGCCGAUACGGCUGACUUCCGUGACGGUUUCCCCCGGGCUGCCGUGGUGAUCACAGACGGACAGUCUGACGACGACUACACGGCGGAGGUUGCAGCUGCCCGGAGCGCGGGAAUCGGCCUGUGGGGUGUGGCUGCCGGACACCCGCUCGUGCUCAACCCCGCGGCGCUGGCGGACAUCGCCGGCGGCUCCGACAGGGUCUUCGGCACCCGGUUCCCGGCUGCCUGCAAACUCGCCCGGCGCGUCUUAGCUGAGCAUUGCGGUCAGUGCCCUGAUGUAACCGGCCAGGUGGGCAUCUGUAUGGAGAUGUGUAGCAACGACUCCGACUGUCGAGCUGGACAACUCUGCUGCUCUAAUGGCUGUGGACACACCUGCCAAGACCCAGACUUCGGCUGAAGACGGGCUGUCGUGAACCCGGCUGAUGCUGAAAACCGCGACUUGAAAUAACGGAGACUGGCGUCUCAAAGCAGAUGUGUGGAGAAAAGGCUGAACUGCCCUUUAGUGUUGACAGGAGGGUAGUGUGUGGGAGAACUUGAGUCAGGCAGAAAACAGCCUUCCCCCUACAUUUGCUUGAGGAUUACAUUUUCGAAUAAUUCUUUUUUUUUCAAGUAUUUUUUCAACCCUUCCAUUCUUUACUAGGAGUACGAAACUCGCGAAUGCUUGGCUGAUGCCAAAAUAUAAACAUACAACAGCCUGAAAAAACAUGGCACGACUAAACAUUGCCAAUCUGAAAAUUAGAAUGCAAAAUAGAUCCAAAUUACACCAAAUGUCAAAUACUUGGUAGAUAUAUUUACAUUGUGUACUCACAUUCCCCUUGUCUUUACAUUGACUGGCGCAUCCGUAAUGCCCCCCUCACAUUAGGCGAACAUCGAUCGGACGACGAGUGUGCGAGCUCUAAAUUACUAGGAGGCAUGACGCUGACGGGGAGGGGGGAACUCUGCCAUUUCUUCGUCGGCAUCAGCGUCAUGCCUCCUCGUAAUUUAGAGCUCGCAGACUCGUCGUCCGAUCUGUUUUUGCCUAAUGUGAGGGGGGUAUAAAGAAUAUUACGGUAUUUAGUUAUGAAUGAGCGAGUGACAGUAUUUAUUAUUUAAGAUAACAGCUUUAAAAAUACUACUCUCCAUCUUGAAUUUUCUGUUACAAAAUACUACUGCUUUAAAACUAGUUCUAAAUUACUUAUACUAAUCGCUUAUACUAAUGACUAUUACUUAUUAUGGAUAAGCAAUUAUGAAUUACUAAUACUGAUUACUAGUACUCAAUUAUUGCUAUUUAAAGACCAGUGCUUAAACACUAGUUAAGAUAGUGUCUGCAGAUUCCCAAUUUAAAGUUUAUGUGACCAAGAAAUAUGAAAUAAAAGGUGGAAGCCAACGUA